AUGGAUCCUUUAUCUGUGUCCAGUGGUGUUGCCGGUCUGAUUUCGCUCGGACUUACGGUCUGCAAAGGCCUCAGUGCCUUCUGCCAGGAUUACAGGUCCCGCGACAUUGACAUCAUCAACCUCAAGAAUCAUGCGCAAAGGCUAGACUCAUUCCUUCAGCUGGUACAAACUCGUUUUCAAGCAAGUCACCAAGUCGACUCGGCGCUGUCCUUGUCUUUGCAGAACUGUUUUGAUGCCUGUCAGGGAUGCGUUCGAGAGUUUGAAGCCCUCUCUAAAAAGCAAAGCCGUUCAACAGGGCCGAAAGGGCUCAAGGAGCAUGGCAAAGAUGCUUCGAGACAUUUGCAGUAUCCCUUCCAAAAAGCCAAGUUUGACAGGCUAAGGGCAGAAUUGCAAGAACUUUACACCGCCAUGACACAUUAUCUGCUUCUGAUGAACUAUGACCUUACCAACGAGCUACGACAAAGCGCGAUGUCUCAAUCCGCAAAACUAGCUUCGCUUCUGGUCUCAGAGAAUCAGCAGACAGUGAGCCAAAUAGGUGCCUUGUUGCAUGCUGUAGAGAGGAUGGUCGAUACAAAGCUAAUUGGACUCGAGCAAUUGUCAAACGCGCGCCUAAAGCCGAUUUUGGAUUUGACUAAAAAUUCCGAAGGAGAUUCCUCCUUUCUCUUACCCAAAAAUGAAACAGAGAACCCAGUAGUAUUCUCACAGAGCUCCUCGGAAUGUCACAACGAUACCACAAGCUCGUCACACUCGAUACCCACGGGCCAACCAAACAGCAUCGAGUCUACGGGAAUAACUCCCUUCAAUACCGAGGAUCGUCAACCGAAAGCUUUACGUUCCACAGAAGCAAAUGGUGACUUUGCAACAGAUGGAUACGGGUGUUCUUGCAGGGCAAGCGCUCUCUCCGAAUGGCACUAUCGGUCCAAGUUGCGUCAAAGAGAUCAUGACAGCCACUGCGAACUUUUCUUCAUGAACUCCAAUCGACGAGCCAUCAAGGGAACACUCCAGAUUUUCAGCACCCUACUCUCUUGGAAAGUCCAGUUGCAGUAUUCGCAGCGGAUGGUUAUCCGAGAUUUCCAAGUUCAUCCUACAAUGACAGCUCGGUCAUUGGUACCAGACGAUGCACCUUCUUUCGUGGUUGUCAAUGGACUCGUUGAAAAAACCAUGUUACACAACAUUGCAGAAGAGUCUCUACAGGCUGCGGUAUUAUCUGCCCUCAGAGAUCUACGCUGUCUAUUUAGGAAUGGCAAAGCCUGGCCAAGUGAUCUUAACUCCUUCGACCAAACCCUUCUUCACAGAGCUUGUAAUGUUAAUGGCCACCUGUGGUCAGAUCGAAUGUCUGCAAUCUGGAUUCAAUUCAUGAAGCAGCUUAUACUUAUGGGUGUGCCCCUCAACGAAGCUACUGCGUAUCAAGGGUCAGCUCUGCAUUGGCUUCUUGAGCUCCGUAGAAGGGCGCGAGUUGCACAUAAGAAGGUUACCUUAACAGGCCUGGCGACAGGCUCAUUAAGUCUUGUCAAGGGUUUGCUUGAAUUAGGUGCCCAAUCUAUAAGUGCAGAAGCCAAGGGAAGAACUUCUGUCUCUGAAGGUAAUCUUCUGCAACUACCUGAUAUCUAUCAAAACCUCUCGUAUUAUGUCGACGGCUUUGACUACGGAGCCUUGUCUUGCGCGUUGCUCCAGAGGUCAGAAAUGGCUCUCAGAAAGAUACUUGCAGCGUCGCCAUCCUCAAUGACCGAGCGAGGUAAUCUGGGCCAAACGCCCCUCCACGUAGCCACAUACUGGCCUAGAGGCCUCGAGUUGCUAUUCGAACUGGCCGGAGAUUCUUGUCGUCAAAUGAUUGAUUCUGAAGACGCCACAGAACUCACAGCAAUUCACUCGGCCGUCCUACUGCAUCAGGCGGAUUCCGUCGAGUUUCUACUCAAGCAGGGAGCUACCAUCGAUCUCGAAAACACCGCGACGUUCUUCGGAAAUCCUGGAGCUUCUGAUGAUUACCAUCAGAGCGAGAAAAUUAUCAGCAUCUUGAGUGCUGAAUUGUCUUCUCGCAGGCGUAAAAUGCUACUCUUCGCCCGUAGAAAUCUGACUGAAGAAAGACUGUGCGACCUUGGUUUAACAGAGACAACAGUUCUUCAGGAGAAUGCAUUUGAGGUUCUUCAAGUACUCAGAACUUUCGGUAUUGAGGUUCCGUCGAUCUUUCAGAGGGUUCGGCGUGGGUCAAUCUACCAUUCUCCGAUCAUGAGCGCCCAAUUAGCGGAAGCUCUGUAUCGCUCCGGAUUCGACAGGGUAAACUCUACUAUGAAUGGUUGCACUCCUCUCGAUACCAUGAGACUAGUCGGAAAUACUAUGGAAGCAAGUAUUGACGAUCUCGCGGAGUCCGUUACCUGGUUUCAGCAGCAUGGGGUGGACAUUGAGCAUCCUAUCCCUGUUUUCAGCUAUGGAUCAAAUGACAGGAUCAUCCCAAGUACCUCAGCUUAUACUACGCUUCACCGAUUAGCUGCAGGCUUUGGCCAUGCAGCGAAGGAUUCCUCGUCUUGGGAAAGGACUGAUUCACGGCGUUCUUCAACGAUCUCCCUGCUCUCAGCUAUCCUGUUGAGCAGCUCUAGAGACAACUGCAAAUGCUAUUGCUCGACGGGAGGAUGCAGUCCAGCCACUCUAUUUGCCAAGCCUUGGAGAAAGUAUAUGUACAGCACCUCCGUUGAAGCACUUCGAGCUGUCUCCAUGAUGAAGAGCAUGUGGGAUAUUCUUUCGGACAUCGUGGCAUUGUCACAUCAAGAACAUCGCCAGGCUUUAUCAGACUUUGUACGUGUUACAACUUUUGAUGCUCUCGGUAUGAGCCAUAGCUGCUGCGAGCACAAAUUCGAUCACUUUCUGAGAUCCAUCGACGUCAAAACUAUAUACGAUCCUAUAUGGAUGACAGCCCCGAACGAAGUAAUGGAAAUACAAGAAGAAGAUCAGCAUUUGGCCAUUACACUGGACCAAUUGAUGGAAGACCUUGAUGCCAAGUUGAACGAGCCAGAUCUUGAUCUUCGGAACUUUUGGUUGUAUUGGUGCAAACGAGUAGAUGAGGUUGAGGAAUUCAAAGAAGAGAUAGGUUGUGAGGAUAUUCGUGCGAUCCGAGAAAUCGGGGUUAACCUAGAGUGA